AAUUGAGGAAACGGAGCAACUUGUUCCAAGUUGUGCAGCCAGGGCUGCCUUGGGGUGCCCAGCCAGCGCUCGGGGGCCCUCCUGGGUGUGGGCGCGGGGCGCGGCCCGGGGGCGCCCCCUGAGCAGGUGAACGUGCCUUUGCUUGCACACCCGCGUGCCCGUGGGUCCCUGUGUCCACCUGUGUCCAAGCCCCAUGUGUUUCUGUGUGUGCUCGUGUGUACAUGGAUCAGUAUGCGUGUGAGCCCCCGCUUCCUCCGUGCCUGGCGCCCCACGUUCGUCUCGGCCAGGAUGCCAACGAGGCGCUGGGCCCCAGGCACCCAAUGCAUCACCAAGUGUGAGCACACGCGCCCCAAGCCGGGAGAGCUGGCCUUCCACAAGGGCGACGUGGUCACCAUCCUGGAGGCCUGUGAGAGCAAGAGCUGGUACCGUGCCAAGCACCACGCCAGCGGGCAGGAGGGUCUGCUGGCGGCGGGGGCGCUGCGGGAGCGGGAGGCCCUGUCGGCCGACCCCAAGCUCAGCCUCAUGCCGUGGUUCCACGGGAAGAUCUCGGGCCAGGAGGCCGUGCAACAGCUGCAGCCGCCAGAGGACGGGCUGUUCCUGGUGCGAGAGUCCGCGCGGCAUCCGGGCGACUACGUGCUGUGCGUGAGCUUCGGCCGCGACGUCAUCCACUACCGGGUGCUGCAUCGCGACGGCCACCUGACCAUCGACGAGGCCGUCUGCUUCUGCAACCUCAUGGACAUGGUGGAGCAUUACAGCAAGGACAAGGGGGCCAUCUGCACGAAGCUAGUGAAACCCAAGAGGAAGCAGGGCACCAAGUCGGCAGAGGAGGAGCUGGCCAAAGGUAGGGGCCCCUGCCCUCCCGCACCGGGCCCACGGCCAAGGCCGCUGCACACGAGCGGAUUGCGGGACCUGCUCUGCCUUAGUAGCAGGAAAGUUGCUGCCGACACAGCCCUGGCGGUGUGCGUGGCGGUCGGUGUGCGUGGGUGUUUCCAUCUGCCUGUCCCCGCCCCUGUCCCCUCCCCCCCCCCCCCUCCGACAGCGGUCCUGCAGGGUGAGUACCUGGGACAGAAGGUGGCCGUGAAGAACGUCAAGUGCGAUGUGACGGCCCAGGCCUUCCUGGACGAGACGGCGGUCAUGACGAAGAUCCAGCACAAGAACCUGGUGCGUCUGCUGGGCGUGAUCCUGCACCAGGGACUCUACAUCGUCAUGGAGCACGUGAGCAAGGGCAACCUGGUGAACUUUCUACGGACACGAGGCCGGGCCCUCGUGAGCACGCCCCAGCUACUGCGGUUUUCCUUGCACGUGGCUGAGGGCAUGGAGUACCUGGAGAGCAAGAAGCUGGUGCACCGAGACCUUGCCGCCCGCAACAUCCUCAUUUCCGAGGACCUGGUGGCCAAGGUCAGUGACUUUGGCCUGGCCAAAGCCGAGCGGAAGGGGCUGGACUCAAGCCGGCUGCCGGUCAAAUGGACGGCGCCCGAGGCUCUCAAACACGGGAAGUUCUCCAGCAAGUCGGAUGUCUGGAGUUUCGGGGUGCUUCUUUGGGAGGUUUUCUCAUACGGCCGGGCUCCAUACCCCAAGAUGUCGCUGAAGGAGGUGUCAGAGGCCGUGGAGAAGGGGUACCGCAUGGAGCCCCCCGAGGGCUGCCCGGGCCCCAUCCACGCCCUCAUGGGCAGCUGCUGGGAGGCUGAGCCUGCCCGCCGGCCGCCCUUCCGGAAACUGGCAGAGAAGCUGGCCCGGGAGCUGCGCAGCGCGGGGGCCUCGGCCCCGGUGGGCGGCCAGGACACGGACAGUUCCUCCUCGCCCCGAGGCCAGGAGCCCUGACCCUGCCCCGUGGGGCCUCGGGCCCCAGAGGACAGAGUGGAGGGUGCGGGGUCCGGGGAAGGGGCCAGGCCCGAGAAGGGUCAGGGCCAGCGAGCUGCUCAUGUGGCCCAGGUGGGGGGCUCUGGGCAGCCCGUGGACACCAGGGACCCGGGGAGGCGAGGGAUUAGCGCCUCCAUAAAGACUGGUUCCAAGGAC